AUGGAGUCGGUGUUGGAUUUCUCAAAGGAAUUGAACAUCGAGUUGCUCGACCAAGUCGUCGUCACGUUCUAUAGUGGGUCAGGCCCGCUGCAGAAACAGGCACAGGAUAUCUUGACCAAGUUCCAGGAACACCCGGACGCGUGGCAGCGUGCGGACCAGAUCUUACAGUUCUCAGGGAACCCACAGACAAAAUUCAUCGGUUUGUCCAUCCUGGAUAAAUUGAUUAACACUAAAUGGAAAUUGCUCCCAGAUGAACAAAGGAUCGGGAUCAGGAAUUUUAUUGUCGGGAUGAUUAUUUCGUUGUGUCAGGACGAUGCCGUGUUUGCCUCGCAGAAGAAUCUGAUCAAUAAGUCUGACCUUACGCUCGUUCAAGUGCUCAAACAGGAAUGGCCCCAAAACUGGCCAGAGUUUAUCCCAGAACUUAUUGCCUCCUCGGCGUCGUCAGUCAACGUUUGUGAGAACAAUAUGGUCAUUUUGAAAUUGCUCUCGGAGGAAGUGUUCGAUUUCUCAGCGGAACAGAUGACACAGGCAAAGGCGUUACACCUUAAGAAAUCAAUGUCGAAAGAGUUCGAACAGAUCUUCAAAUUGUGCUACCAAGUUUUGGAACAGGCCUCAGCAACCGGGCUAGUAGUCGCUACGUUGGAAUCCCUGCUGAGGUACCUCCACUGGAUCCCCUACCGUUACAUCUUCGAGACAAACAUCCUGGAACUGUUGAGCACCAAAUUUUUAUCGGAUAGCAGCACAAGAGCGGUCACUUUGAAAUGUUUGACCGAGGUGUCAAACUUAGAACUCCCCAUUAACAACUCAUCGAUCGUCACACAGACAGUGCUGUACUUCCAGAACACUCUGCAACAGAUAGCAAACAGCGUCGUCCCAGUGACUGCAGACCUUAAGAGCACGUACAACUCGGCAACGGGGGCGGACCAGUCCUUCCUACAGGACUUCGCUAUGUUUCUCACCACGUACCUUUCCAACCACAGAUCUAUCCUAGAGAGCGACGAGACCCUCAGGGAACUCUUGCUCAACGCACAUCAGUACCUGAUCCAACUGUCCAAGAUAGACGAGAGGGAACUGUUCAAGACGACACUGGAUUACUGGCAUGACUUGGUCUCUAACUUAUUCCAAGAGGUGCAGAACUUGCCCAUCACAGAGAUGAACCCACUGAUGCAACUCACCGUCGGUGCACAGGCUAUCUCCUCAGGGUCAGGGGCCUUAAACCCAGAGUUCAUGAAGAGAUUCCCUCUCAAAAAACAUAUCUACGAGGAGAUCUGCUCAGAGCUAAGAUGGGUCAUCAUCGAAAACAUGGUCAGACCAGAGGAGGUCCUCGUUGUGGAAAACGACGAGGGGGAAAUCGUCAGAGAGUUCGUCAAGGAGUCAGAUACUAUCCAACUGUACAAGUCCGAGAGAGAGGUGCUCGUCUACUUAACGCACUUGAACGUCGUCGACACGGAACAGAUCAUGAUCAACAAGCUCGCCAGACAGAUCGACGGAUCCGAAUGGUCCUGGCAUAACAUCAACACUCUGUCGUGGGCUAUCGGGUCCAUCUCAGGUACUAUGAACGAGGACACAGAGAAGAGAUUCGUCGUUACCGUCAUCAAAGACCUAUUGGCACUGACGGAGAAGAAAAGAGGUAAAGACAACAAGGCAGUAGUCGCCUCAGAUAUCAUGUACGUCGUCGGACAGUACCCAAGGUUCCUAAGGGCCCACUGGAAUUUCUUAAGAACCGUCGUUUUGAAAUUGUUCGAAUUCAUGCACGAAACACACGAGGGGGUCCAAGACAUGGCAUGCGACACGUUCAUUAAGAUCGUCCAGAAAUGUAAGUACCACUUCGUCAUCCAGCAACCUCGCGAAACUGAACCAUUCAUCCAAACAAUCAUCAGAGACAUUCAAAAGACCACAAGCGACCUACAACCACAGCAGGUGCACACUUUCUACAGGGCAUGUGGGAUCAUCAUCUCAGAGGAGAGGAACCCAGCAGAAAAAACUAGAUUGCUCGGUGACCUGAUGCAACUACCAAACCUCGCAUGGGAUGCCAUAGUGGAACAGUCCACGGCAAACCCGACUCUCUUGCUAGACGCCGACACGGUCAAGAUCGUGGCCAACAUCGUGAAGACGAACGUCGCCGUCUGCACCGCCAUGGGCGCAGAUUUCUACUCACAGUUGGGACACAUCUAUUACAACAUGUUGCAACUUUACAGAGCUGUGUCCUCAAUGAUUUCCGCACAGGUGGCCACUGAGGGUUUGAUCGCCACAAAGACACCAAAGGUCCGUGGGUUGCGUACCAUCAAGAAGGAAAUCUUGAAAUUGGUGGAAAUCUAUAUCGCGAAUGCCAAAAACUUGGAGGAUGUCGUGAAGGUGUUGGUCGAACCGCUACUGAACGCCGUCUUGGAGGAUUACAUGAACAACGUGCCCGAUGCAAGGGACGCGGAGGUCCUGAACUGUAUGACCACUGUUGUCAGUAAAGUCGGCCACAUGAUCCCACAAGGUGUCAUUCUGAUCCUGCAAAGUGUCUUCGAAUGUACGUUGAGUAUGAUAAACGGCGACUUCACAGAAUACCCGGAGCAUCGUGUUGAAUUCUACAAGUUGCUAAAAGUCAUCAACGAGAAAUCGUUUGCGUCGUUCUUGGAACUACCCGCCGCGGCAUUCAAGUUGUUUGUCGACGCAAUCUGCUGGGCGUUCAAACAUAAUAACAGAGACAUCGAAGUCAAUGGGUUGUCGAUUGCUCUGCAAUUGAUCAAAAACGUGGAGGUGAUGGGCAACAACCAGUUCGCGAACGACUUCUACCAAAGCUAUUACUUCCUGUUGCUGAGCGAGACGUUCUACGUUUUGACCGACUCUGACCACAAAUCCGGGUUCUCCAAGCAAUCGUUACUGCUAAUGAAACUAAUUAGCCUAGUAUACGACAACAAGAUCACUGUGCCGAUAUACAGGGAUGGCGAGGCCCCCUCGGGCACCACCAACCAGGUAUACUUGAAUCAGUAUUUGGCUAACAUGCUAGCGAACGCGUUCCCGCAUUUGUCUGCGGACCAAAUUACGAAUUUCCUGGCUGCGUUGACAAACCAGUACAGAGACUCGAUCAAAUUCAGCGGGGUCCUAAGGGACUUCUUAGUCCAGAUCAAAGAGAUCGGUGGGGACCCAACGGAUUACUUGUUUGCAGAAGAUAGAGCUAAACAAUUGGACGAACAGUCUAAAGUGCAAAGGGAGCAAGCUUCCAAGAUCGGUGGGCUAUUGAAACCAUCUGAACUGGAUGACUGA